AUGGGCCAUCCUGCUCCUUGGGCCAUUCUGCUCAUUUUGAUUUAUCUGGACCCGUUAAGUGUGCUGUGCACGCUGGCAGCAAAGCGCCCGAAAGUGGCACCGCGGCGGACCGCCAAGCCCAAGGAGCUGAACGGCACCGCGCCCGCACCCGCACCUGUCCCCGCUGCGGGUCAGAACCACGACACGUGCCUGGGCUACUACGACGUGAGCGGCCAGUUCGACCGCGAAUUCGAGUGCAACAACACAGACCACCGCUACUGCUGCGGCUCCUGCUACCUGCGCUUCUGCUGCCAGUUCCGGGGCAACCGGCUGGAACAGCACACGUGCAAGAACUACAACAAGCCCGACUGGGUGAAAACCGCGACACCGUCACCUGCCCCGACGAGCGAACCCUACGACCUGAACGCCGACCAGACCAAUACGGCAGUAUACAUCACGUGUGGCGUCAUAGCCUUCGUCAUCGCGCUCGGCGUGUCGGCUAAGGUCGCAUACGACAAGGCCACGAGGCCGCCUCAGGAAAUGAACAUACACAGAGCCCUAGCAGAUAUUUUGAGGCAGCAAGGACCCAUUCCCAUAUCCCAGUAUGACUGUGAAAACUUUGCGGCAAUGAACAGCUCAUCCAAAGAUGACACUCCACAGCGGACAGGCUCCAAAAACCACUACACCCCUGUUCACACAUCCAAAUCCAAUCAUGGUGGGCACUAUUCAAAAGAGAGCGGCCGUGGUGGAGGACAUGACCUUCACAACUUCAUCUCAUCUGGCUUCGUGACUCUGGGAAGAGGCCAUGCAAAAGGUGAAAGGCAGUGGCCAAUGCGGUCUCAGAGUCACCAUGGCACGCAUCAACACAACUACAACCAUGUGGGUCUCAGUAGUCCUACUCGAACUCCUAAAAAUGAGAGCACACGCAUGAACAGCAUCCUCACAUCGCAGACGGAGCCAUACGAUUUGUCCUUCUCCCGCUCCUUCCAGAGCCUCUCGCACCUGCCACCAUCCUACGAAUCUGCCAUGAAGGCUGACCUCAACAAGUACUCCUCACUCAAAAGACUGACCGACAAGGAUGUGGACGACUACUACAGCCGGAAGAGGCACCUUCCUGAUCUGGCAGCACGCGGCACCCUGCCAUUACACAUGAUCAAGAUGAGCCAGGAUGCUCAGACUAGCCAACAGGCUCAACAGCAGCAGCAGCAGUCGUCACGCCAACGUCCUCGCCGUGUACAGAGAGCCAUGUCUCAAGACCGUGUGCUGUCUCCAGAGCGUGGCUAUGCUCAGGACUAUGCCGUGUCUGCCUACCCCACAUCUCCAUAUGGCGAGCGCAUCCUAUCUGAUGAGCAGCUGCUGUCGGCUGAGCGCCUGCGCUCACACGAGCGCCUCAUCUCCCAGGACCGGCUGCAUUCGCAGGACCGCCACUACUCACAGGAGCGUGUCCACUCGCACGAGCGUCUGCAUUCUCACGAACGCAUGCACUCGCAAGAGCGCCUCUACUCCCAGGAUAGGCUACGCUCGCAAGACCCGCUGCUCUCUCCCGAUAAGACGAUGUCAUCCAAACGUGGCAGCUUUCACGGUGACAAGUCCAUGUCCAGAGCCAUAUCGCAGACGGACAUGUUUGUGCCCACCACGCCACUAUUGGACCGCUACAAGAUGACCAAAAUGCACUCGCAUCCCAGUGCCUCGAACAACAGCGGCACUGCUCCAGUGCACAACACGCUGACCAAGAACCAAACCACCUCCAAGAGACAGGCGUUUGCCUCACGCCGCACGCAGACUGUGGAACAGCUGCACUAUGUCCCACAAGCAGCUCAGCAGCAGCAUCACCACCACUACCGUACAGGCAGUAAGACCGAAGUGACUGUUUAA